AAAGAUAUAGGGAUUAGAAAAUCAGGGUUUGUGGCAAAUACUCAACAUAACCUUAACUAGUUUUAUGAAUCAAUAUAAUAUAACUGAGUUCUAAUGCCCAAAACAUCACAAUGUAAUGUUCUCCAAUGUAAGAAUAUUUUAUUUUCAAACAUGUUCGGUUCUAUAUUUAUUUUAGAUAAUUUACUCUUAUGUUAGUAUGGCGAGAAGUUACAGGAUAGAAUGGAAACAGAUACUGAGUUCUUAGUGUCGUGUAAAUCCACCACUGAUAGGUUUAGGUUUAAGAUUGCUGGAACAUAUUUGUACCUAAAUACGAUUGUUUUAUAUUCUUCAGUACUUCUAGCACUGUUACUAUUGAUGUACUGUCUGUAUUGCACAGACCAGAUGUCCAACAAAAUUGAGAUAAUCUCCAGACAGAUUGAUAACAAAACGGAUGAG